AUGUUCGACCUCCCAAACGCAAAACGCGUCAGUCGCGAUGAAAUGCUCUCCCGCGAAUCGUCAUCACCAUCGCCAUCCCCACCCCCGGAAUCCAGCUAUCACGACGCCCACCAGCGUCUAGGCGAAUUGCUCAACAUCGACACAUUCAUCACCCCAGACCAACCGGUCCUCCCAUCAACAGAGCAGAAAACAGACCAGUCACGGGGGGCAAACCCAAACCAACCCGGCAACGCCGCCGAAGACGAAGAAGAGGAAUUCGAGUUCCGGCUAUUCAGCGCCCCGACGAAAAAACCCACCACCACAAGCGGAGACGACAAGAGCGCGGAAGCGGGUGACGACUCGAAUAAAACAUCCGGGGCCGGUGAUGGGACGCAAAAGUUGCGGAUUCGGUUACGGUCGCCGACGCCUACCCCUGCGAAUCUUGGGGAUGGGCGGCUUGUGAAUCCGUUCCGGGGGUGGCAGUAUUAUUUUACGACGGAGGGGUUGUAUUCUGGUUCGGAGUCGAAGGGUGGGGAGGAGUCGGAGGAGGUUCGGUUGAGACGAACGCAGUUUGAGAAUGUGGCGGUUAGUGGGCAAGAUAUGAUGGGGUGGGCUAAGCAGGCUUGGCCUGGUUGCCAUCUCCCGUGGCGGGUAAUUCAUCUGAAAAGACAACAUACAAAGCUACCCCCUCCGUCCAAAGAUGCCGUUGUCUGUACGAUCGAUCCUCCGGUAAAAGCAUCUCCCAAGACCCGCAAGAAGCCAGGCAAGAAGCGUCGAAUCCAGCUACGCAAGCGUCUCACGGCCGCAGACGACGCCAAGCAGAAAGAAGCGGAGAAGCGCAAUCGCAAAAACCGUGAGAGAAAGCUCAAACGGAGACAAAAGGCACGCGAGGAAAAGGCAGCGGCUGCUGCUGCUACAGGCCAGGAAGUUCCUCCCGCUGACUUGGACGGGGAUGCCUCAUCACAAGGUGGCGAUGACUAA